AUAUAUAGCUACCUCGAUGCGCUCAAUCUUCUCAGAAAAUAUGGAUCAAAGAUUUUUGCAAAGAUUGUUCAGUCUUGUAUCCUCUGCUGAAAUUCUAUUUCUACUUCUUUUACCUCUAACAUUUAUCAUCCUCAAGAACAUUAUAAGGUCAUGUUCUGAAAGCAAGUAUCUUCCACCUGGUCCAAAGCCAUGGCCUAUCAUAGGCAACCUUCUCCAUGUGGGGAAUCAGCCUCAUGUCUCCUUGGCAGAAAUUGCAAAAAUUCAUGGCCCCCUCAUCUCACUAAGGCUAGGAACUCAACUCCUUGUUGUUGGUUCUUCAGCAAAGGCAGCAGCUGAGAUUCUCAAAACUCACGAUCGAUUCCUCUCGGCUCGACACGUACCUCAAGUGAUUCCUCGGGAAAGCCAUGUCCUUCGCCGGGUUGCGCUCGUCUGGUGCCCUGAAAGCAUUGAUACAUGGAAAUUGCUACGAGGAUUAUGUAGGACUGAGUUAUUUUCAGCCAAAGCAAUAGAGUCAAGUGCGACUUUGAGAGAGAAGAAAGUUGGGGAGUUGAUGGAUUUUUUGGUAGCAAGAGAAGGAAAAGUUGUUAGCAUUGGAGAAGUAGUGUUUAGUACUGUAUUCAACACAAUAUCGAAUCUUUUAUUCUCCAAUGAUCUUGCUGGUUUGGAAGAGAAAGGGAUGUCUAGUGGAUUGAAGAGCCAUGUUCGGAAGUUGAUGUUGUUGGUUGCUACUCCAAACAUAGCCGAUUUUUAUCCUAUAUUUGCAGGGUUGGAUCCUCAAGGUUUAAGAAGGAAAUUAUCCAAGCUUGUUGAAGAAACUUUUGCUAUAUGGGCAAUCAACAUUAAGGAAAGAAGAAAUAGCUAUGUCCAUGAUUCUCCUAAAAGAGAUUUCUUGGAUGUUUUUCUUGCAAAUGGGUUUGACGACGAUCAAAUCAAUUGGUUAGCUGCAGAAUUGUUCAGCGCAGGCACAGACACUACUGCCACAACAAUAGAGUGGGCAGUGGCCGAGAUACUGAAGAACAAAGAAGUUAUGAAGAAAGUUGACGAAGAGCUCGAAAGAGAAAUCACAAAGAAUACAAUUUCUGAAUCUGAUGUCUCUGGGCUUCCAUAUCUAAAUGCAUGUAUAAAGGAAACCUUGAGGUUACACCCUCCUGUGCCAUUGCUUGUUCCACAUCGCGCUACCGAGACCUGUGAGGUUAUGAAGUACACGAUUCCAAAGGAUUCUCAGGUUCUUGUGAAUGUUUGGGCAAUUAGCCGUGAUCCGUCGACCUGGGAAGACCCAUUAUCAUUUAAACCUGACAGGUUUCUUGGCUCAAAUUUGGAAUUCAAAGGUGGCAACUACGAGUUUCUUCCAUUCGGUGCUGGAAGAAGAAUCUGCCCUGGAUUACCCAUGGCCAAUAAACUUGUCCCCUUGAUUUUAGCCUCUUUGAUCCGUUGUUUUGACUGGUCACUUCCCAAUGGUGAGGAUCUUGCAAAGUUAGACAUGAAGGACAAGUUUGGUGUUGUUUUGCAGAAGGAGCAACCUCUCGUUCUUGUUCCCAAAAGAAGAUUGUAAUUUCAGACUGGUUAUUGUCUACGGGCUGCUAUUAUAUGUUUUGGAUCUACACAAAAUAAAAAGGCUGUAAGCAGCUUCAAUACGACUCAAGUUUAGUUCAACUUUUUGCUAUUAUAUGUUUUGGAUCUACACAAUAUUAUAUUAUUGCUUCAACUUUUUUUCAA